GAAGAGUACAGAAGGUGGAGGCGAACGAGGCUGAUAGAUAAGUCCAGACAACACCCUAAACCGGUUUAAAGUAUAGUCCGUUUAAUGUAUGUGUGUGAGAGAAUGCCACGGGCUGUGCAGAAUGUCCUAGGACCAAAAGUGCGGAGCAGUACAGAGCCAUGCUUGCGUCUUUGUUUGUUUUGCACGUUUCCAAGCGAUGAUAAAGCGAAAUCGGGUAGCGUUUGAGGAAGAAGCCCCUAGAGUUUGCUCGCUCAGGUCUGGAUGUAGCUGAUUGGAGUAGCAGCAGUCAGAGUGGGAGAUCACAGGGAGGAGGGGAGAAACUCUGAAGUGGCUUUUCUGCGUGUGUGUGUGUGUGUGAUUCUCAAGCGGCCAUGUUAACCAAGAAACCCUGCGCUACUGCUGCUGUCCACCCGACUGGCAAAGGGGGUGAGAUUUGCCAGCUCCAGUCUUCCCCAGGACUGGGCAUCGGGGGUCCCCGAGCUGGAGCCGGGACUGAAGCCACAUCACCCGUCACAUUACCACCACUCAGGAACAGCAACUCUCUCACGGCUGGAGGCAAUAAGCACACAAUGAAUGACCAUCUGCACGUCGGGAAUCACCAGCAGAUCCACGUUCAACAGCUGUUCGAGGAGAAUAGCAACAAACGGACAGUGCUGACUGCACAACCCAAUGGGUUGACACCGUUAGGUAGAGCAGGUCCGGCCAUGCCAGAGAAGCAGCAAGAAAGCCAGUGUCGUCAAGGCAGCUCAACUUCCAUUAAAUCAACUGAAAGCAAACCCAAGCCAGCACCUUUGACUCCUGAGCAGGCCAUGAAACAGUACAUGUCUAAGCUUUCAGUGUUUGAACACCAAGAGAUCUUCAGCUACCCUGAGAUCUAUUUUAUAGGUCCAAAUGCAAAGAAAAGACAAGGUGUAGUUGGGGGUUCAAACAAUGGCAGUUAUGAUGAUGAUCAGGGCUCCUACAUUCAUGUGCCCCAUGACCAUAUAGCAUAUAGGUAUGAGGUACUAAAGGUUAUUGGUAAAGGCAGUUUUGGCCAGGUGGUGAAGGCCUACGACCACAAGAACCACCAGCAAGUAGCCUUGAAAAUGGUACGGAAUGAAAAGCGAUUCCAUCGCCAAGCAGCUGAGGAAAUUCGCAUUCUGGAACACUUACGCAAACAGGAUAAGGACUCCACCAUGAAUGUCAUCCACAUGCUGGAGAACUUCACAUUCCGCAACCAUAUCUGCAUGACGUUUGAGUUGCUUAGCAUGAACCUUUAUGAACUUGUCAAGAAAAACAAGUUUCAGGGCUUUAGUUUGCCACUAGUGCGCAAGUUUGCACACUCCAUCUUGCAGUGUCUCGACUCCUUACACAAGAACAGAAUCAUUCAUUGCGACCUCAAGCCUGAGAAUAUCCUUUUGAAGCAGCAGGGGCGCAGUGGGAUAAAAGUGAUAGACUUUGGCUCCAGCUGCUACGAGCAUCAACGGGUCUACACUUACAUACAGUCACGCUUCUACAGGGCCCCAGAGGUCAUUCUGGGUGCCCGAUAUGGGAUGCCAAUUGAUAUGUGGAGCCUAGGUUGUAUCUUAGCGGAAUUACUUACAGGGUACCCUCUCUUGCCUGGAGAAGAUGAAGGGGACCAACUAGCAUGUGUCAUAGAGCUGCUGGGUAUGCCCUCCCAGAAGCUACUGGAUUCAUCAAAGAGAGCCAAAAAUUUUGUCAGUUCAAAGGGAUACCCCCGUUACUGCACAGUCACAACCUUACCUGAUGGCUCAGUGGUGUUGAAUGGGGGAAGGUCACGUAGGGGCAAGCUCAGAGGUCCACCAAGCAGCAGAGACUGGGUGACAGCACUUAAGGGCUGUGACGACCCCCUCUUCUUGGACUUUCUCAAACAGUGUCUAGAGUGGGACCCGUCCUUGCGCAUGACCCCUAGUCAGGCCCUUCGCCACCCAUGGCUCAGAAGACGCUUGCCAAAACCUCCCACUGGGGAGAAAACCACCAUAAAGCGGAUCACUGAGGGUACUGGUGCUAUAACUUCAACCUCCAAAUUACCUCCCCCUUCUGGCUCAGCCACAAAAUUAAGGACUAACCUGGCACAAAUGACUGAUGCCAAUGGGAAUAUACAGCAAAGGACAGUGUUGCCAAAAUUAGUUAGCUGAACACUAAUUUCUUUUUUUCUGUGAAAUUCUUAUAUUGGAAAUUGUGCAAAAUUGAGCAUUCAGAAGUGUGGCACUUUUUUAGAAAUAAGAGUCCUUAGCAUAUCCACAAUUUAUGAACUGCUUUGUAGCACCUUUAGUUGGAUUUUUUUUUCUAGGAAAGUUCAAAUGGCCAAGAAAGGGGGAACAACACUUUUAAGUUUUUAUCUCUGGGCUGGUUGAAUCCUGCUUUGAAGGAACAUUCAUACAAUAUGGUCUACAAUAACUAAAAGUCCCACUUGGUUUAAUAACUAAAUCUUGUAGCAUAAAAAGUAAAUGGCCUCACCACAAUGAAGUAAUGAUAGAAUACAUUGUUUUGUGUGCUUCUGAAAUUUUAAUCACCACCCUCAGAUCCUGUCAGAUAAAUAGUGCGUUAAUGGGUGAGGAUUAAAAAUGCAUUUGACUAAAAGCUAUGUGAUCUGAGGCUUGUUGCAUUUCCCAGCAUCAUUCUUGUCAAUAUCAAGAAUACAGAACACACCAUGGUAAGAGAAUACGGUCAUAAUGGAAAGUGGAUGUUGCAGACUGUUAUGAGAUAGCAGAAAUGUUUACAUGAUAGAUUUGUGAUAGUUUGUGCCUAAGAAUCUCUCGACAUUCCUUAAAUAAAUUAUGAGUAAAAGAGAGGGUGUCUAGAGUGGUCUACAUUACUGUAGAUUCAUGGCAAAUGUAAAGGAAUUGAUGUGGUUUGGAACAGUAAAGUUCUCAGUAGGACUUGACAGGUGUACGUUAAUGUUAUUAUAAGCUAUUCACUGGAAGAGUUGCUUUUGAACAAGUACUGAAAAAAAUGGUGCUUUACUUUUUUUAUUUAUUAUUUUUUUAUAGCUUGAUCCAUAAUGCUCAUGGAUCAUGGAUCAAAACAGUGUUGUGUAAUCACAAUGAGCAAAGAC